GUCUGACUGUAUGUUCAAUGUCUUUGUUUGUCUCUGUGCUAACAUUUACAGCUUUUGUUGCUCAACUGCCACUCUAGUUGUCCUGGUAACGCCAAGCGCUAGAUUGAAUUACCGCAAAUGGGGCCCACGUAGUGUUUUCCCCUGAGCGGCGGAGUGCACGACAUGAGGUUUUGUUAUCUUUUUAAUAUUUCAGAAGACAUGGACUAAGGGUGAGUUUUUGAAAAUUUCGGUCGGUACUGCUCUGCGACACCAAAGCUAAAGUUGCAUGGGGAAGAAAGACAGGUGCCAAAUAUGCUGGUGUAUGGCUAAGAAGAUCUAAUUAGUGAUCAUGACUGCCCUGGUGAGACCUAGCAUCAAGGUUUCGAGUCUGUGUGAGGAAGCAGACAAAUUGCUAGAAGCCGGCGAGUUCGUCCGAGCUACCUCACUCUACAUGUCUGCCUUCAGUUCUCACGCUGCAACCACUGUGUCCCACAUGCGUAAAAUGGACACAUCCAACCUCCAAAGGGUCAUCUCGACUCUAGAAAACUGGCUUGACCGUCCUCAUGAGAUCUUCAGUCUCAGUAAAGGUUUGAUAGCCGUGUUUCUGUCCACGCUAUGCCCUAAUAAUCUGUCCGCCACGGUUUUCAAAAUGGAGUCCCUCCUUCAGAGUGGCGGACAUGGCUCUGAGGAAAUUUAUGCUCGCUGUACUACCCUACUUGAGGGGAAACAAAAACCUAAUCCAGACACUGUUUGUUGUGUUGCACUGGAGAUAACUCGAGCCUUGGCCUGCUUGUUGUCAGAGACCCACCGAUUGAAAGGUUUGAAGCUUUACUUUAACUCGUACAAGAGCAACAAAUGUGAAACAGUCAAAUUGCUAAAGAGUAGACAAGCCUCUCAGAUACCCCAAAUAAUAAAGGCUUUUACAGAGAAAAUGCAUCAUUGGCAUCCCUCCUUGAUGCUGGACUGUGAUUGUGAAGAGACCAAAAGGGACAGUGAAAAGCUUAAUGAUGAGGCUGCUUCUUUACUGGUGGAGUUCUUGUUGGAGCUCUCACCAGGUGAUCAACAAGUGCGUGAACUCCAGGCGGCACAUUUGUUUUAUACAGGACGCUUCUGCGACAGUGCAGAUGUGUAUUCUGCUAUUUUGCAGAUGGUCCACCAGGCACCUGAGAGACAAGCAAAAUUCUUAAUCAGUCGAGCCGCCGCCUUCUACUCGGCGGGUGGCCGGGUUGCCGAAGCCUGCUUGGAUCUGGGCAGAGCCUUCGAUACGCACCCCGCUUGUGCCCGCAUUUAUUUCCAAAAGCUCUUUGCUGAUCUCGGUAAGGAAGGGGCUGCUCGCAAUCAUCUUCGUCAACAGGCUGAAAAGGGUCUGUCCGCUUUCCGGGAUGUUGUCCUUGUUCGAACAGACUUAAGAUCCGCAGAGGGAGUGGAACUUUUGGACCCCGCGAUUUCUCAGUUAAAGACCCUUUGCCAUUUGGAGCCUGACGGAGGAGGCCGAGAAUUACGAGUGCGAUUGGCUGAAAGCCUUCUCCUCAGGGGGGAGCAUAAAGAGGCGCUCUCAAUCUGUAGCCAGCUGGUUGCUGCCAAGGAUCAAUUUAGCUAUCAGAACACAGUGCAAGUUCUCUGUGGAUACGCUCGACUUCUAACAGAUGACCACAAGGGAGCGCUGGAGGACUUCCAAGCUGUUAUCGAACACAAUGCCCCCCACCCACCCAGCUGUGUGAGGGCUCUCUGCGGCAGGGGACUUUUGCGCAUGACGGGGGGCUAUCACUACUAUCUCACAGCACUCGACUAUGUGACGGCCAGUAGAUUGCACCCACUGGAGACGGCGCUGACCGUUCGCUGUCUGGUGCCGUGGAACCUCCGCAGCCUACUCAUGACUGUUCUGCUGGAGCAGGGUCGGGUCAUGGUAGAGGGGGCCAGAGGCCAUCAUCCGGCCUCAUGUGAAAACUCAAUGCUGCAUGCCAAAUCAAGGCCAGAUGAGCACAGAGCAAGGUCUCCUGCUGGUGUUCACUCCCUUGCUAUGCUGCUCAUGGACCUCCAACCAGGUGCUGAUGGGCCUCAGAUUCUGGCAGCAGAUUCCUUGUACCAGCUAGGGCGAGUGGAGGAGGCCUAUCGCUUGCUGCUGCUAUCCAACGGUUCAACCUGUCCUCGGGCACCUGUCCUUGCUCGACUUGCCCUGCUGCAGCUGGGUAGGGGCUUUCUUUACGACACAAAUCAGUUGCUGAAAAAGCUAAUUCAAUGUGGCGACACGAGUUGCUUGCGGCCCUUGCUAGCGGUGGCAAAGCAUAAAGAUCGGGCACUUUUGCAGGCGCGCUGCCACUCUGCUGCCAAACGCAUCUUGGAAGGAACAACAGACGAGAGUGCAAUCAGGGAGGCAGUUGCUUACCUCUCCAUUGCUAUUAUCAUCACUGAUGGUGAGGCAACAGACUCCUUGCUGGAAAGAGGGAAAUGUUACGCUCUACUCGGCCAAAGAAAGACAGCCAUCUUUGAUUUUAGUGCCAUUCUUAAGGAGAACCCCAAACAUGUACAGGCACUGUGUGGAAGAGGCUUCACAUACCUCUUGCUCAACCAGCAAAAGGAAUGCACGCAUGACAUCUUGGCGGCACUGCAGAUAAACACUGAUGAGGUCACCAAAGACUUUCUGUCACUCAAGGGCAGGGCACGUAAACUGCUCUGUGAUUGGCUGCAUCAGUUCUGCAGGAGCAGCUUGUCAGACGUCCUGGUCGCCAAUGCUGUCCCCUGCCACGAGGAGCGGCUCAGGGAAGCUUCCAUUAUCUGUGCUGCUCUGAUAAGCACUGACUGCACAUCCCCCAGAUGGCAUCUCCUCUGUGUUGACAUGCUUUUAGCCAAAGGUGAAGUGGAGGCGGCGGGUGCCCACCUGUGCCAGGUGUUUGGCCAGGAGCCAAGAGAUGCUACGGCCCAGGCUAGGUUAGGUGUGGUAGAGGCUUGGCAGCAUAGCUAUCGCAGUGCAGCUGGCAGACUCUGCCAGCUUGCUGAGAAAGAUUCGUCAUGUCUUGACCUCUUGUUGGCUCUUAUCCCACUCAAUCAGAGGAAACACAUAGCAAAGGCAGCAGCAGAGGAUGCUAGCAGGAUGUCUUCCGAUGGAAACUGGGAUCAGGCCCUCCAUCUCCUGACAGUGGCAGUACAAGCAGCAGACAAAUAUGAUCUCCAAUAUCUUCGCCAGCGGGCUGCCUGCCUCGCACGACUUGGCUUACAUGAGCGAACUAUAGCCGACCUAGACCGAGUUCUUCAGAAACACGAUGGAUCUGAUGCCAGCUGCUCUGACGACUCCAAAGUCUGGGCGGAAGAGCUGUGUCUUCGCGGUCGCAGCUUGGUACUGUGUUCCAGGGAAGGACCUGCUCUGGAGGACUACAGUCGGGCCCUUCAGCUCCACAAGGAGCGGACAAUUCAGUGUGUGGAUGAAGGUCUCGGAAGGCUUCGUUUGGCUGAUUGCUUUUUGAGGGGUGCACUGCACCACUAUGGUGAGCAGAAGCUCAGCAAAGCUUGGGAAUUAACCGAGUGUGGCCUUGUUAUGGAUGGGAACAAUGCAGAACUGCGCCGACUGAGGGCAAAGGUCAAACGAGAAAUAAUCAGCCCCUGUAAUGUCAACUAAUGAGGCCAUAAAACAAUUGGUGAGACAGUUCUGCAAGUUUGGAAUUUGUAGUCUCUAAAAAAAUUGCAAUUAAGUUUGUGUUUAAAGUGCAUACGUCCAUAUAGGGAAUGGCACUCCAACAAAACAAGCAUACUAAACUAGGGAUGUCCCGAUCCAGGUUUUUGCACUUACGAUCCGAUACCGAUAUUAUUUUGCACUUCCGAUCCGAUACCGAUACUGGCCGAUGCCGAUACCGGCCUAUAGACCCUACUCACCUACGUCACAAAAUGACGUGUCGCUGUAUCCGGCCGCCAUAUUGUCCGUAAUUUUUAGACUUAUUCUCAUUGUUUUCAAUUAGUCGUGCAAGUUAUAGAGCAAUUCAUGGAAGCCCCGGUGUUAUCUGACGCUGUAAACUCAUUGGAUGCGUUGCAUAAAAGGCGUUAUGUGGAAAAGCUUCAGUUUAUCCAUUCGCCAGAUCCAUAUUUGAUACCUAAAUCGAUGUUUUCCGACCCGCUGUCUUCGCCGUCUUUGCCUGACAUCUGCUAGCUACCCUGAUAUUUACAACUAUCUUGUCCACACAAAAUCAGCCUAUCCUCACGAAAGUUUGAAAAACUUUAAGAGCUUGGAGGCUUAUAAAUACUUCGUUGCUGGUUGGGUGAAACAGGUCCUCGUCCACGAAAAUUCGGCAGGAAUCUAUCGUGUGCUCGGGAAGGUGUGUUACGAAAUUUUCAAUUCAAAAUCUUUUGUUCUUGCUAACAUCCACUGUCAAGUCUAAUGUAUUUCAUGUCAUUUGUCAAUGGAGCUAGGGCUUUUAAUGUUUAUAUGGUUUAGCGAUAGCACUCUCACUACAUACAUAUAUAAUAUGUAAUAAAUAUGAAGUGCGAUAGCACUACUCCAGAUUGUCCCUAGUUGAAUUUAUUUUUUGGCCUUUGACCUCAAUAGUGAAAUUGUAAAUUAAUGUGACAACUGUCUGAUUAUCCCCUUAUAAUUAUAUAUUUUCAGGUAGUUCAUUCACAACAUCUGAGUGUAUGUUGUCGGUGAUUAGCCUAGCAAUGAUCUUAAUUGUGGUUGUCAGCCCAAAACCCUCUAAAUAUAUAUUAAAUGCAUCUUACCAGAUAUAAAAUGACUACUACAUAAUCCGUGGUAGUCGUUUGGAGCCCAGUUUUCUCGUCGAAUUGCAGCAGUCAAUCUCCGUCUCCUCUCCGGGUCUCUCGGAAUACGGUAAAACUUCAAGUCUCUCCGUCUAGCUUCUCUGUUUUUGCAACCGACCGCCACACACGACUUCACCAUUUUGAUUAUUAAUGUUAACGAGCAGAAAAACACGCCAUAAUAGGAGGAAUUUAUGAAGUGCUAAUGCAUUAACAUGACGAGUAUACGGACAACAUGGCGCGGGGGCGUGGCUGUGACGUCACGUGAGUAGGGUCUAUCUGAGCAUGUAUUAAAGUUUAAAGUUAUUUAGCCUCCUUACUUAGUUGUCAGACUCACGUUGAAAAGGGUUUUAGUACUCUUGAUAACAACUUGCCAGCUGAAUGGCGUACCGCACGCAGGCUAUUUUUAGACCGUGACGUCGCAUCGUAAAGCGGAAGUAAAGCCGAAGUGGGACAUUAUAGACCCGCCCUAGCAUAGACCCAACGUAAAAAGUGCUACUUUUCUCCGGUAAUCUUACAAUCUUUUGGAACUUGUAGAAACGACUCUAGACAUUACGACACAUGAAGAUGUUUUCUUCAUACGUUUCCGGAAACCAAAAACUCGAGAGGAAAAAAUGUGAAGACCGAAUCAACUUGCGCGGACUUUAACACCAGCUGAAUCCUUCACCAAUCCUUCACCACGUGAAUCCAUUCACGUUUCAUAUGCAGUAAACAUUAUGUUGGGUUGGCAUGGUCUUUCAGAGGACAAAGAGGUAAGCCAUUUUUAUAUUUUUAACUUAUUUUUUUAGCGAAACGUUGUGCCGUACUGCUUCUGUCUGACAAUUAGUGACCUGAA